CUCAGCCACGUGUUCUGCUCUUCUUCUUUUCCCCUGCAGCCGAACAAGGAGCCCAAGCCAUUGACACACCCACCCUCUUGAGAAACGGUAAAAGCUUGAUUUUUUUUCCUUCUUUCUUGUUCAAGAACAAGAUUUAGAACUUAGAAAUCUUUCCCCCUGCAGAAAAUUUCAGAUCUGCUCUGUUCCCUCCCCUCCGUCCGCUGCUCUUGGUUUGUGGGUGUGAAUUCUUCAGGUUUCUAGUAAGGAAACAGCCACUAAUUCCUCUUUUCUCCCUUGAUUUGGCUUGGGUUUACUCUAAUUUCUUUUGGUUUCUCCCAAUUUUCGGUAGAUCCCCUAAGGUCUCCUUCACUUCCCGUCGGUUUCCCCAACCCGCCAGCUCCGAUUUUUCUUGCUGAAUUUCUGGUUCUUUAUUAUUCUGUCACCCUAGGACUUGGAGUGAAUUUUCUAUGUUAUGCAACUGAGGUAAGUAAAUUAUGGUAACACUCUUCAAUUUCAAAGUAAAAGUAUAUUUUAAAUUGUUUUUGAGAUGGUAGCAAGGUUUAAAUUGAUUUUAUUAACACCUGAGCAUGAUUAGAAUGAAAAUGAAAAUUUUUAUUUUUUUUGGGGUUGAGCAUACCCACAUGGAAUUUUUUGGUUUAUUCUUGAAAUUUGAGAUUGAUUAUGAAUUACGGAUUUUUCUUGUAAAUUCUGCAUGGUUUUGUCUUUAAUAUAGUCAUGAUUAUUGAUUACUGACGCCCGCUAGUGGGAGUUUGCAAACGCUAGCACAUGUCGACAUGUAUACUGAUAGGACCAGUUCAUUCUGUAAUCCUGCCAAUGGGAUAAUACAUUGAUUAUUAAUGAAACUAAUGCCUGCCAGUGGGAGUUGUUAAACACUGGCCAUGACUUAUAGAUGAGACUAUUACUGAAUCUUAUUCUGCAUUAACGGUUUAUCAUUGAACAUUUUGUUAUGUUAAAUUAUUUAUCAGGCAUGCUUAAAUUUUACUCAUGGGUUAUCCAUAUUUUUACUUACUAAGAUAUCUUAUCUCAUAGUUUUCCUUGUCCACCAUUUCAGGAAGUGAAACCUGAGGCCUGGUUAACUAGGAGGAGUGACGAGCUAGAAGGCUAGUCAGUAUUUUGGACUUAGAUCCUUUUUGGACUUAAGCCGUUAGCCACACAUGCUUGACAUAGAUGUAAAAUGAUUAAUCAUUUUUUUGUAUACUGAGUUUCCCUUGGUUAUAGCCAUGACUGUCUUAUAAACUUCUGUACAUCUUGACUAUUAAAUUUUGGUAAUGGAAAGCUAGAUAUUAACUGACU